AUGGACAGUGCAGGUUUUCAUCCCGGUCCCGGACGGGGUAUCGUGGCUGCAGAACAAGAGCUUCACAGCCCCUCUGAUCUGAGGAUCGUGCUGUUUGGGGGACGCUGGACUGGGAAGAGUGCAGCAGGAAACACCAUACUGGGUAGAGAGGAGUUUAGAUCUGGAUUCAGCUCCUCUGCUGUAAUGAAGGAGUGUGAGCAGAGAACAGGAGAAGUGGCUGGGAGACGGGUCACCGUGGUCGACACUCCAGGCUUGUUAGACACAGACCGGGUCGAGAUUGAGAGAUGUGUUUCUCUGUCUGCCCCGGGACCCCACGCUUUCCUCCUGGUAAUACGGGUGUAUGAAAAAGAAAGGAUUGACACUUUCCUUGAGUCUAUAGUAGAACAGUAUUGUGAAUCAUUUGAUAAAGUGCAGCAGCUGUUUGGUGAGAGAGCUGUUAGGAACACGAUGAUCCUUUUCACCCACGGGGAUUAUCUGGAAGGCAGGUCAAUUGAGCAGCGUAUUGAGGAAUCUGGUGAGGUGUUCCAACAGCUUGUUGGGAAAUGUGGGAACAGGUAUCAUGUUCUCAACAAUGAGGACAGGAGCGAUCACACUCAGGUCACACAGCUCCUGGACAAGAUAGACAACAUGGUGAAGGGAAGUGGAGGCUGCUACCUUCCAAAUGAGAUUUACCAGCAGGUAGAAGAAAGGAUUAGACUAAAGGAACAGGCGCUGAAUGAGAAAUACAAAGAGGAACUGAGGAGGAAAGAGGAAGAGAUGAAACAGAAAUAUGAGGAGAAACUGAGCAGGAAAGAAGAGGAGAUGAAACAGAAAUAUGAGGAGGAACAGUGUAGGAAAGAAGAGGAGAUGAUGGAGAAGCAAAUUAAAGAAUCCAAGCUGCCUUGUCUGAAAGUGAAGGUGUUCCGAAAGAGACAAAGCAAGGAGAGGCUCCCCUUGCAGAUACCCAAGUGCCUCCCAGCCCCCCUGAGCUGA